UUUUAGGGAGUACCUAUUGUUACAUUUGCACUUGGUACAUGGCAAAUUAAGAGAUGGAGAUGGAAGCUGGAUCUAAUAGAAAAGCUAAAGCAACGUACUUCAGCAGAGCCAAUCGAUUUGCCAUCAGACAUAAACGAAUUAAAAGAUAAAGAAUAUUAUCGUAUGAAAGUGAAGGGCAAAUUUUUAUAUGAAAAAGAAUUUUUGAUAGGACCUAGAAGCCUAAUUAUUAAUGGGGAAAGUGUUAGCGAAAAAGGUGGUGGAAUAUUUUCUCGCAAAACAAGUUCGGGAUAUUAUGUGAUUACGCCUUUCAAACUGGAGGAUCGGGACUUGAUUAUUAUGGUAAAUCGUGGAUGGAUUCCUAAAUGUGAUCGCUCAAUAUAUAAAAUGGGAAAUAAGAUUAUAGACCCCGUAGAAGUUAUUGGUAUUAUUAGAACAACUGAAAAGCGACCUCCAUUUAUACUCAAUAAUGCACCUGCGAAAGGUGUAUGGCAUUACAGAGAUUUAAAUGCAAUGGCAAAGAUAGCAGAAGCAGAACCUGUAUACAUAGAAUUAUUGGCCGAGUAUAAUAUACCUCAAGGUCCAAUUGGAGGCCAAACGAAAGUAACUUUAAGGAACGAACAUUUGAGUUAUAUGAUCACUUGGUAUUCAUUAUCUGCCUGCACGAGCUACAUGUGGUUCCGACAGUUUAUACAGAAAUUACCUCUUAUUUAAAUGCAUUUAGAUAUUUAUAUAUCUGCUAUACAUAAAAAAAUAUAAAAAUGU